UUCAUAUCGGAACUAUGCGUUCAGAAGAGAUGAAUUUACGCGAGCCUCUCAAAAUCGGAUAUUAUGAUCCAUUUGAUGUAUUACCUUCUAUAAGGGAUGACCUUGUUGCACAUUUUCCACUUUCUAAUCUUCACUGGCGACAUAAUCCACUCAGGCCGGUGAAAUCUAUCCCGCUGCUUCCAGUCGAACUAGUCGAAGAAUUCCCUAGUCUACAUGCAAAGAUAACAACAGAAAACUCCAAGCGAUCAAUCAACGUUUAUGCAAGAUUGAUGUUUGUUCAUGCAUCAGAUUUGGAAACUUAUCGCUCGCAAUUGCGGCCCCUUAUCAAUGAGUGGCUCAAGACUUUAGUUAAGCCCCACAAUGUGCUGUGGGUCAUAAUUUUGAUCAGCAAGGCAGGGAAAAAAGACAAAAAAUCCACACUCAUAAAAAUGUCUGUUUAUGACAAAUUGAAGAUGGACUUUGGACCAGACGGGCAGCAUAGUCUUCGCUUGGAAAUGCCACCUUUUGAUCUAAACGAGCACAUAUUCAGGAUUCAUCAAGACUACCCAGACGAUGUUUCCAAGCUCGAAGUUUACAAUCAUUUUAUCGCCAUAUUGAAACUGCUGAUACUUCACACAUUCAGUACAAGAUUUACAGAAAGUUCGAGUGCUAUUGAAAGGCUAACGGGAUCUUCUGACCACAAUGCAGUACAGGCACUAGAAAUUUUUCGAGAGGAGCUCAGGCUUGCCAGCACCUUCAAAGAUAUGAGGUGUCUCGAAGAAUCACUCGGCUUAUAUGAGAAGCUAUAUAAAGAAUUGAAGAAGUUAUCCAAUACCGACAAAAUUGAGGUACCGUCUUUCAUCAAAAGCAUCGAUUUUGCGAAAUAUGAUCCUGAGAGUGAUUUUGGUAGUAUGGAUCCGUAUAAUCUCUUCUGCCAAUCUGUGGAAAAUAGAGCACCCAUCGACGUUUUUGGAAUUAAACUAGGAAUUUUCUUCAAAAUGUCUUUUUUGCUCCAGGCAUUGGCAAAUUAUGCCAGCUCAAUAUCACUAUCUUCCAUGUUCAUAUCAAAACUAUUUCAAAAGGUGAUCGCUUUACUCAACGAAUGCUCAAAAACUUUCGAUGACUCAGUUUAUAUUGAUCAGUGGAUUUACGUCACGGCAGAAUUCUAUGUCCAUCAUCCUUUGGCGCUAAAGCUUGUGGAAUUGGACAAAACUCAAUCAAGUACACAAGACCAGGUUGCCAAUGUUACAGGGAUUCUGGAGUAUUCUGCAGAACUAAAGCUAUUGAAGAGACUGAUUUUGAACAAACUAGCUGAGAAACAAGGGUUUGAGUCACCAACAGCUUGUAUAUUCCUUGCAGACGUAUCGCUCCACGAAGACAUGAACAAAAGCUCGGAUAACCACGAGCCGAUUGUGGAUGAGCUCGCUUGCGGUCUAAAGGACAAAGAGUCUUAUGAGAUUCUCUUUGAAAGACUAACUGUGUCGGCGAUUCAAGAUUAUGCAAAUUGUGGACGAAACAAGAGUAUUGAUAUAUUGAGUAUCGAUCUAGCAAUGCUACACUAUAGAAAAGGAAAGUACAAGCAAGCCCUUGAAAUCUUACAAAAUUCUUACGAAUACUUUAUCCGAAAUGGCUGGAAUUAUGUCGGCGGCAUGGUCCUUGAAAUUUUUCAAGAUUGUAUUCAGCAUGUGAAUCCAGAAAAAAAAGAGCAAAUAUUUGAUACAACACUCAAGCUACUUGCCUCAUUACACAAUGAGAAUGGAACACCACGUGGAAUCAAUGAUUACAAUCUUGUCAAAACUAAAAACGAGCGCAUGAAAUUAUUUAAUGAACUAUCUUUGAUAUCAAAAAGUCUUGAGCAGCCUCACGAAUUCUCAAUAUCUGAGUUUUUUGAAUUUGAGAUAUUGCCCUUUAUUGAAAUUAGUGAAGUGGGGAAAUAUUUUGUCAAGGCAAAGAUAAAAAACAUGUUUGGGAUUCAGAUUAAUGUUCUAAGAGUGUCGAUCACUAUUUCAAGCGCGGAUGGCAGAGAUGGAGAUACGAUUACUUUUAUCGGAAAUGAUGUUUUUCUAAAUGAGUAUGGAUUCACUAUGGUGAAUUUGUAUGCAAAGAAGUUUAUUUCAGAUGAAUUUAAGACCGUUGCGAUCUCCGUGGAAGUCACUGAAAACUUAAGAUUUUCAGCUGGUCAUGAUACUUCACUUGAUAUCUUUGCGGAUAAUACUGUUAUUCAUAAUACCCCUAUACAAGAUAACAACAUGCUGUCAACUUCCAUUCUGCCCGGCAUAUUGCGUAUGUAUCCUGUUCCAGGACAAUUCAGGAUUGAAAUCGUGUCCCCCAAAAAAUUAACUUUGGGUUCAUACGGGCUUGAAUGUGUUGUUUAUACUGGGUCGAGACCAGCCAGCAAUAUCAUUCUACUGCUCUACACCUCAUCACUUGGGCUUCAAAUUUUUGAAAAGUCUAAUGAGUUCAAAAUUGACAUGGUGCAACCGAAUGAUCGAGUGAAAUUCAUGAUAGAUUGCAGUGCUGAAAGCAGGACUGUUGAAAUUCAAGUUGAUUGUCAGUAUGAAAUUGAGGGCGAGAAAUUCGAGUACCAUAUGCGAGACUCUCACAAUUUGAAUCUCAAACUCUCCGUAUCCGUUCAGGAUAUAUUCAGAGCAACCUCGAUCUACUCUAAGUUUCAAAUUGGAUGUGUUGAUCACAUUAAUCCCAUGCGGGUGAUAAAAUGUGACUAUAAAUGCACCGAAGGAAAAUAUCAAGUAUCAAGCCUGAGCACAAUUACCAAAGAUGAUAUGUCGCUCGUUGUUUAUGAGAAUCAACCUGUUUACUUAUUUUACAAGCUUGUACAAACUUCCGACCAUUUUGAUCCUUCAGAUGUGUUGGAUUUCACAAUCUGGUAUUCUGAUUUGCUCGAAGAAUGUAUUGAUAAAGUUCGAAAUGGAUUACGGCAGGAAUUAGACAAAAGAGGAAGUCAGAAGUAUUUUUAUCUUUUCGCUCCCCUCAUUUCUGAGCUUCAAUUUGAUUUGCAAAAAUUUAGUGAGGACAAAGACGUUUAUUCUCCCAAUGUUACCUACUGUUCUGCUCUCAUGAAUGAAAGAAUUAUCGACCAUGUACAUCCUGAUGUGCGAGGUGAAUUAUCGGAUAUUCUACAACUGCUUUUCAAAGAUGGACAUUUAAUCAAUUUAGAAGGUAUCGAUGGUUCCCAGGAGCACUAUGAACUAUACAUCCCAGUCUCAGUCCCAUGUAUCAACACGCUUCAUCGUACUGAAUUCAAGCUAGCAGAAAAGUCACAUUUCGUUGUUGGUCAUCCGAUACACGCAAAGCUAUUCAUAUACUCAAGUUCAAGGUGGUCUGGUCUGUUGGCGACUACAGUUCUUGCUUCUUCGUCACCAAAACAUGCUACUCAUGAAUCGGGUAGAUGGUUUGAACUAACAAUUCUCAAUGAAGAAGACUGGCUGAGCACUGGACUCAAAAAACAAAAUUUCUGCGUCAAAAGUGAUGACAAUACGUUUGAAAUAAAUCUUUGUUUGAUUCCACUCAAUGCCGGGGAGCUUGUGUUACCGAAGGUCAACAUUAAACCGAUGGAUGACGAUCUGUAUACGAUGGAUCUAGUACAAGAAAACGGGCUCGAAACAGUCUUAGUUACUCCAGAACUCGAGAAUGUAACGUUUGAAUUUUAAGUCAGAUUUCAUUGAUUGACUUCGUUCUCUGGUCAGAUGGAAUACAAGAAGGUCAUUCUAACGAAAACUUUUGACUGCAGGAAAAAACCGUGUAUAUUUUUUGAUUACAUAAGUCAAAGACCUGCGCCUGAAGAACAAGAAAAGUACUCCUUUCAACCAAGGUGAGUUGGGAUGUACAUUAAUAUGUUUUCCAAAGAUCGCUUGACCCUUAAAAACUAUGUAUUUGUAUUUAGAUUUUUAACUCGUCACCGGUCGUCCUCUUGGGAAGCAUGUAUCUAUCAAAUGAAUCUCACUUGAUCCACCUUUCGGAUAGAUAUUAUGUAGUAGCGGCGGCAGUAGCUCACACACUCUUGCCAAGUAUGUGAGUGAUUUCUUCGGUUUGAUGAGUUUGUCUGGAUUUUAUUUUGGUAGAUCCACCAGAUAGGCUAACUAAUAUAUUGAGAAA